AUGAAAAAUACUCCACACAAUACCUUCAUUACCACCGAAUACCUUUUUCAUAGACCAAGAGCAAACCUUGUGACAAUUGGCAACUCCAUCGCCAGCCCACGAAAAUAUAUACCCAUCUUGUUCCACGACAGUCCCGACAACGUAUUUGCCAAGAUUAAUGUCGUACCUUAUUUACCAAAUAGAACCGCAAAAACUGUUGCUUUGUCUCUUGUAAAAUGUUGUGCCAUUGCUUUACAAUGGACCUUAACUUCCGAGUUACUGGAUGAGAUUGAAUCAUUUUUAUACCAACAAGACCAGACCAAUACCCCGUAUCGUAGUGUUUUACGACUAGUCCAACAUUACCCGGUCCCUAUACCUAGUGUGCAGUUGCGGGAGCCGUUUCAUCGAUUUGGUCAUUUGAACGAUUUGAACGAUGAUUCAAUGGAAGGUGUAAGCGGCCCUAGUGUGAAGGGAGCUUUAUUGAAAUACUAUCAAAAAAACACAGGCUUGGCUGGCCACGAAUUUGGUGACUCUGCUGUUAUUGUUGUUGCCCGUCUGUGGAUGGAUUCAACGAUUACAAACAGAAAAAUGAUUCAAAAAUAUAUUCCGCAUAAUUCCCACGGCUCUCUCCAUUUCCAUGUAUUCGUUGAGGCUAUGAAGGAACAUGACGCUCCUGCUCAUGCCUCGUCUGUACCCAUUGUUAAACAGCGGUCACAAAACAUCACGACAAGCCGUUAA